GGGGAGCCCGGGGAGCCCAUGGAGCCGGUGCGGGGCGCGUCCCAGGGGGGCGGCGGGGCCGAGGCGCUGCUGCGCGAGCUGGAGGCGCUGGUGCAGGGCGCGGUGACGGCCAGCUCGUGGUGGGAGCGCCGCGGCGUGGACUGCGCCAUCCUCGCGCUCAGCCUUCUCGCCUUGCCGGCUGGGUUCCUGUGCCUGCGCUCGGAGAAUGUCCUGGUCUUUGCCAUCGGCAUCACCAUCUUGGGUGUGUGCCACUACACGCUCACUGUCAAGGGCAGCCACCUGGCCACUCACGGUGCCCUCACUGAGUCUAAACGCUGGAGCAAGAUCUGGGUGCUUUUCUUUGUGGAGGUAUGCACAGCCUUCACUGCCGAGUACGCCAAGCAGGGGCACGUCAAGAUGCACCAUGGCUACACCAAUGUGGUGGGCCUGGGGGACUCAAGCACGUGGAGGCUGCCUUGCCUCAACCGCUAUGUCUACAUGUUCCUUGCUCCUCUCUCACUCCCCAUCAUAACCCCGCUGGUGGCAGUCGAGCGGCUUAGGAAGGUGGAGCUCAGGACAGCGCUGCGGACACUGGCCCUGAUUUCCCUGGGCCUUUAUUCUCACUACUGGCUGCUCCUGAACGUGUCAGGCUUCAAGAGCCCCAGCUCAGCCCUGGUCUGUAUGUUCCUCACCAGAUCCCUGCUGGCCCACCCUUACCUCCAUGUCAACAUCUUCCAGCACAUCGGGCUGCCCAUGUUCUCCCGUGACACCAAGCCCCGACGGAUUCACAUGAUGAGCCUGGGGGUGCUUAACCUGCCGCGGCUGCCUGUGCUGGACUGGGCGUUUGGCCACUCACUCAUCAGCUGCCAUGUGGAGCACCACCUCUUCCCCAAGCUCUCCGACAACAUGUGCCUGAAGGUGAAGCCCGUGGUGUCCCAGUUCCUCCAUGAAAAGCAGCUGCCGUACAAUGAGGACUCGUACCUGUCUCGCUUACGUCUGUUUCUCAGUCGCUACGAGGAGUUAAUGGUGCAGGCCCCACCGAUCACAGAGCUUGUGGGGCUGCAAUGAGGGCCAGGCUGGUACAGCCUCUGCUGCUCCCCCUGCCUGGCCCGGCCUGGCCCUCCUACUGCAGCAGGCCCAGUGGGUGUGGCCCAGUGGCUGGCAGGGGACAUGGAGCUGUGGAGGCAUUGGGCAGGUGGCGAGGCAGGGGAGCUCAUGCCUGGGGUCCCGGGGUCACCUUCCCUAGGCUUCUCUGGGUUUUGAGGGGUGUCUGGGGGAAAGGAAUCAUGGUGGCUGGGCAUUCUGGCCAGUCUGGACCUCAGCCAGCAUCAUCUCAGGACCAAACAGCUGUCUCUGCUCCUGCCCCAUCUGAGCUUUGGUGGGGCUAUGUGGAGGGGGGUGACAGAGGGAUCCUGAGUAGAGACUACUCGGGAGACAAGAGGGGACACAGAGAGAGAAGGAUCAGCACCCUUGGCCAGGGCUUCCCUGGUACCAGGAGAGCACCACACUUGGUUGGCCUCUGCUUCUUCCUGUACUCUUUGCAGCUCUGCCCACCAAGGUACCCUCUCCCCAGGGACCACAGGGUGAGCUUACCUUUGGCAGACCUUCCUAGUUCUUAGCCAAAUACGCCUGUGCAACACACUGGCUCAGCAGGUUCCAAGGCCCACCAUAUUAGCGAGUUAAAAGUGAGUGUGUUCUGUGGGGGGAAAUGACCCUCAGGCACAGAGUUGGGAAAAGGGUAUAAAUAGCUUUGAGCAUGACCUUGACUAGCUCCAAGAGAAGGUCUGCUUUGUUCCAUGAUAUUUACAAGCAGUGAACCUGGGAGAAUUAGCCACUGGGUUAGAGAAGAAUUAGGGAGGUAGUUGAGGCUAGAGGAGGUUAUCUGACAGGGUUUGGAAGACAGAUCGUCUUAGAGAGGAGAAGAGGGAGGGUGGGGUGAAGAUGGGAGAGCUGGAAGUUAAGGGCUGGGCUUGGCUGUGAAAGGAUGGUCUGCAGGCCGGGAGUGAGGUGGGAAUAUGAGGGGACUACUGACGCCAGCAGAGGAAGAGGCCAUGGUGUUGGGGGACACCACUGAGAUUCAGCUCACAGAGGUCACAGUUGAGAGAGGCCCGGGGGCUGGACUGAAGGGAUGCAAGGAAGUGGCCAGGUGGAGGCUGAGGGAGGGACAGAGAAGGAGCCUGACCUACGAAAGGAGGCCUGAGCAAUUAGUUUAAAACAGUGUUUCUCACAUCGGCACUACUGAAACCUUAUCUGGAUAAUUCUUUGCAAUUGGGGGCUGUGUCCAGUGCAUAGCGGGAUGUUCAACAGAUCCCUGGCUUCUACCUAUUAGAUGCUGGGAUCCCAAGCUGUGACAAUCAAAAAUUUCUCCAGACCUUGCAAAAUGUUCCCUGGGGGAUAAAAUCGUCCCUGGUUGAGAACAUGCAAGUCAUGUUUUGAGUGCAUAAUUGCCUUGUUUUUCAGUUAAGUCCUUGGAUGGGGUGAAGGGCGGGCUGACCCUGAUGUUAGGGAGGCUAAAUGCCAGCAGUGGGAGCCUGCAGGAUGGGCAGAGGAGUCAGAUGGCAGGAGAAGCAUUCUCUGAACCGGUCCUGUUGGAGAGCCCAUCUCUGGUGUGGCCUUAAGCAGCAGCAGACCUCCUUCCAUCCCCAACUUCUCUCCACUCUGCCUCACUCUACCAAAGGCCACCGUGGCUCCUUCAGGUGCCCUAUAGUACAGCUACAGUUCUGAGAUGGCUUGUUCUCCUGCAGGGCCUAAGGGUGGUAGCGGCUUCGAGCAUUUGCUAGCCUGGGGGAGUGUCUUCAUUCCCUUUACCCUGCUCACACCU